CUCUCUGCACGGGCGGCUUCUGGGCUAAAAACAGUGCGGGAGAAGCUCUGCCAGUUGUGCGUGGGCAUUGAGUGUUGUUAGAAGCCUGCGUGUGCGUGUGUGCGUGGGACCUCAGGUGAAAAAAACACACACGCACUCAAACAAACGCACGUAUGCACACAAACACCAAGAGGCAGCGUGUGUGCGUGUGCGUGAGUGCGUGUGUGUGUGUGUGCGUGGUGUAGUCGCGCACACACACUUGGUUCAUAUUUAUUUGCGUGCACACGAACUCACUCACGUACAUUUGUGUUUGUGGUGGUGGUGGUGGUGGUGGUGAUGGUGGUGAUGUAGCAGUGGUGGUGGUGAUGUGGUGGUGGUGGUGGUGGUGGUGGUCGUUUGGUUCCCUCUCUCACUUCUUCUCUUUCUCUUCCUAUCUACGUGUUGUGAUGAUCCUCAAAAUUUAAAGAAAGUGAGAAAAUACAAGAGAUAAAGGAAGUGGAAAAGAAGGAGGAAGAGGAGGAGGUGGAGGAGGAGGAGAGGAAAGGAAGAGAAGGAGGAGAAGGAGGAGGAGGUAGAAAAAGGCGAUGACAUUGAAAGAAGGAGCACAUAUGAUGAAAUAACGCAAGAAAGAAGGAGAUAAAAGUGAAAAAAAUGAAAAAGAAAGAAAAGGAGAAGAACAGAUAGGAAAAAAAUAGAGAGAUAGAAAAAAAGAGAACGACAAAAAGAGUGAAAGGAAAUACACACCAUUGCAACAGAAAAGAGAGAAAGAGAGAAAGAGAACAAAGGAGAGGAAAUAAAACGAGAAAUAGUAAGAGAGAGAGAGAGAGAGAGAGAGAGAAAAAGAAAACUCGAAUGCCAAUCUAGAAAGCAUUGCAAAUAAAACUGUAUAGAAAAAAAGAAAAGAAAAGGAGAGAGAGAGAAAUAAAAGGGAGAAAAUAAUAAAAAAAGAAAGAGAGAGAGAGAAAUUCGAAAAUAUGUAAAUAAACUUAGAGAAAAAGAAAAGGGAGAGAGAGAAAGGAAACAGAGACACGACUUGAUAAGAGAAAAGGAAGAUAAACAGAGAUAAAUAAGAAAAUGGGGGCAGAAGAGAAAGAUAAACGAGAAAAAAGAUCAAGAAAAGUGCAAGAAAAGGUGAAAACAGUUUAAAAAAAAAGGAAAAGAGAAAAAAAGAUAGAAAUUGAUAAAAGUGAAAGAGGGAAAUAAGAAAAAAAUAGAAUAUUGGAAGAGAAAGAAAGAAAGCAAAAAGAAAAAGUAAUUUACGGAAAAAAGAGAGAGAAAGAAAGUAAGAUAAUGAAAAGAGUGAAGAAGAGAAAGAUAAUAAAAGAUAGUGGAAGAAAAAGAGAGAACAUAUGAAGAGAGAAAGAAAGGAAUAGAAACAAAAGUAGAGAGAAAAAAAGAAAAAAAUAAAGAAAUAGUAAGAGGGAGAAAAAAAUAAAGAAACGAAAGAGGAAAGGUGAAGAAAGGGGAAGAAGAGGAGGAAACAAAAUUAAGAUAAGAAGAAAGAGAGAGAUAGAAGAGAAAAUAAGACAAUUAAAAGGGUGAAGGAAAAAAAGAAGAAGAAAAAGAAAGAGAAGGAGGAAGUGAGAGAGAGAGAGAGAGAGAAGUAAAAGAGAAAGAGAAAGAGAGAGAGAGGGAGAAGAAAAUAAGAAAACUAAACGAGUGAAAUAGGAAAAAAAAAGAGAUACAGGAAAAAAAAAAUAAGAGGGAAAAAAAGUAAUUUCUUGUGGGUAUGCGUGUUAGUAGUGGUGGUGAUGGUGGUGGCGGUGGUGUCUUUGUUUACAAAUUUAGACCUACACGCUUUAAAGUAAAGAAAUAGCUUGGUGGUGGUGGUGGUGGUGGUGGUGCUUACCUGUUAGUGCUCCUGUUACCUGUUGAAGAUUCAGGUGGUGUGAGAGGAGCUUCCUUCCUCUCCUGCCACGCCCCCUCCUGCCCUCCACUUUCCAAGACACCCUCCCUUACCAUCUGUUGCUGCGCUUAGCCAAUCCUUUGCUUUCACGACUAAGGUGAUGUAAGAUGCUGAGGGGCACCGCCAGGGGGUCGGCUGGUGCGGGGAGCCUGCUCUUCAUGGUGGCACUAGCCUUCACCCUGUCCACGCUCUGUCUCGCCACCGUCACUGCGAGAGAGUUUUUCAUGGAAUCAACCGACACGGAGAUCCUGGACUUCCUUCUGCACAAGAGCCGCUAUGAUAAGAGGAUACGACCCCCAGACAAGGACGGUCCAGUGAGAGUCAACGUGAGUGUCUUGCUACUCAGCCUCUCCUCCCCUGAUGAGUCCAGCUUGAACUAUGAGGUAGAGUUUCUUCUCAACCAGCAGUGGCAGGACCCGCGGUUGAAACACGAUGAUAAUGGACGUUAUGAUUACCUCAGCGGGAUGCACCAUCUGGAUGAUAUAUGGCUGCCCGACACCUAUUUCAUUAUGCGAGGGGAGUUUAAGCACAACCUGUCUCACACCAUCGCCCUAAAGAUUUUCAGAGGCGGCAAGGUGUCUUACUCCGUCAGAAGGUACCUGGUCUUAUCCUGCGAGGGAAAUUUGAACCAGUUUCCCUUUGACGACCCUUUCUGCACCUUCUCCAUGGAAAGCAUCUCUUACGAACAGAAGGACCUCACCUACCUCUGGCUAAACAACAGUGCCUCUGACAAUGGCAAAUCCCUGGCUAAGAGUAAGCAGCUUCGGGCUCUCAACGCCUACAUGAUUAUGAACAGAACAGAGAUAUGCGAGGAUUCAUUCUUCUGGAGAGGGAACUACAGCUGUCUAAAAGUCGACCUACAAUUCAGCCGGGACGAUGCCUUCUACUUCAGCACCGUGUUCUUCCCUGGCAUCGUCCUCGUCACCAGUUCCUUCAUCACCUUCUGGCUGGAGUGGAAUGCAGUGCCGGCGCGAGUCAUGAUUGGCGUCACCACGAUGUUGAACUUUUUCACCACCUCAAACAGUUUCCGCGGCUCCCUCCCCGUGGUGUCGAAUCUCCACGCCAUGAAUGUGUGGGACAGUGUGUGCAUGUUUUUCAUCUACGUGUCACUGCUGGAGUUUGUGGUGGUGAACUACGUCGGAAGGAAGCGACCCAAACAUAACAUGGCGUACAUGCCGGGAGAGAAUGCGGUGAUCCAGCGAAUCCCGCAAGCUAUCCACCGUAUUGGGCUGAGUUUGGUAAGCGGCUGGACGGACCGGAAGCGACCAGGGGGGCCCGGGGGAUCUGACGUGAAUGCGUGCACGGGCCUGGGGGAGAUGGCACCCUUACCCGCCAGACCCACGGAACAGCGCAAUUCCCACGAGAUGAUGGCCUGCGCGAACUGUGGAAACUCCCAGUGCUCUCACACCAACGCGGCCAACAGCUGCCCUAAUGGAGAGGAAGUGACUGGAACCGAACCGGCAGAGGUCAGCCAGGUAGAGUACACAUUCAAGCCCCACAAAAAGGUGCCCAGACAUCCGAUCAGAGUGGCAAAGUCCAUCGAUGUAAUCUCCCGAAUUGUCUUUCCACUUGGUUACUUCAUCUUCCUCUUCUACUUCUUCGCGACCUACAGAGGGUUUAAUUGACAUUUCCCUUCCUUCUCCUCCUCCUAUUCCUCUUCCUGACUCCCCUCCCAAGCGUGUGGCCUCCUCCCAUCACCCCCCACACGCCUGUUUCUUUCUGUCCAUCUGUCUUUCGUAUUCUUCCUAGCUAUCCAAAUAUUUCACCGCAGUCUGUACAUGACCAGGUUACCAUUAUUAUUGUUAUUAUUAUUAUUAUUAUUAUUAUUAUUAUUAUUAUUAUUGUCAUCAUCACUUAUUUUUUCCACCAUUUCAUUCGUAUUUUUUUUUUCCACUUGUUAUUCUUAUUAUCUCUACGUCUAAUGUUUAUCAAGUUUGUGAUCUUUCCUCCCUCCCUCCCUCUCCCUCCCUCCCUAUCCCUCCCCUUCCCCAUUCGAGGCUUUCAUUUACCGUUAAAAAGAAACAAGGGUAUUCGCAUUUAAGAUUACGAUAAGUAUAAACUCAAAGAGGGUUUUUUUUUCUUUCUUUCUUUCCUUGGCGGAGAAUAAGGAUGUUAGUUACUCACCCUUACCUGUUGUUACUCUGAUUAAUUAGUAAUGUAGGAGUUUCCAGUCUCAUCCUUACUUAAGUUGAGUGUUGUUGAGUCAUAGUAUCAUUAUUAUUAUCAUUAUUAUUAUUAUUAUUAUUAGAUUUUAAGUGUUAUUCUGAUUACGUUCUAAGAUGACAGUGAUUCCGGUGAGAGAGAGAGAGAGAGAGAGAGAGAGAGAGAGAGAGAGAGAGAGAGAGAGAGAGAGAGAGAGAGAGAGAGAGAGAGAGAGUUUUUCUAAGUUUUUCCACCAGUAUAGUUAUCAAACAUCACCUUUGAUUUCCUUGUUUGUUCGUUUGUUUGUGUGUUAAUAGUUUUCAGUCACUCAGUUCCAACUCAUUCAUUCGUUAAGUGUCGUUUAGUGGGACAGACGCAACAGCCAAUCACGAGCAUCCGAGUCAGUGCACUUUAAACCAGUCAGAAAAUAAGUUAAAAUCUUAUAAAAAGGUACGGUAAUAUUCAAGUAAAAAGUACGAUACACUGAACACUUAUGUUAGCUUGCCCUCCCCUCUUCCCCCCUUGCCUUAACCCUGCAGAUAAUAAAGGUAUUAAAUGAAGAGAAAAGGAAAAAAAAAUAGAAGAUUGAUAAUAAGGUACAACAAUAUGCAAGUAAGGUACGAUAAACCAAUACCGUACCUGUCUCCACCACCAUUUUUUUUUCCUAUGGUUUAUUUGGACACUUCUCAUAAAAAUAAAAUAAAAAAUCAGUACGGAAAUAAAACUAAUAAUAUAAACAAGAGAAUAAAAGAACGUACAUUAAUUUAUGAGAUACGAUAUUGCAAUCACCAUCACCGCCACCUCCCAUUCCCAACCUUAUUAAUGUGUUAAACGCCCCUUUCUCCCCUUCCCUCACCCCCACCUCCCCCCUCUCCCUCUAUAAGACUAAUGAUUCACCCCACCGUGUCUUAAAAUCACAGGUAAUUAGUUAUCAUUAAGGUGAAAAGUCGGGAAAUUGCGUAUUUUUCAUCCUGUUCAUUUUAAGAUUUUCAAUUCCUUGUUGUUUUGUGUAAUUAUGUAUACUGGGUGUCACUAUGUAUACCUGAGGGAAUACACCUCACCUGGCUGUGUAUCAAUGCCUGUGCUUAAUUAGGAGAGAUAAUUAAACAUUUCACAGGUAAAUGGAACACGUCAGAUUGUUAUUAUUGUUAUUACCAUUAUGUUACAGAAAAUUAUUAGUAUUAUUGUCAGUUUGAAUAUUUUAGCCAGAGUUCAUACAGAAUUUACCAGAUGUUUGUAUUAUUGUCAUUUGUCAGAUUAUUUGUAUUAUUGUCAUACUCCUAAUACAGAAAUAUGCACAGAUUAUAGUUGUUACAAGACUAUUAUUCUAUUCUCAUUAGUAUUAUAUUGUGAGUUACAUUAUUCUUUAUUAUUAGGAAGCAGUUCUACAAGUGAUUAUCCCUUGUCAACUUGUCAUUACUACCACUACUUACUGUCAUUAGUAUUAUUGUCAAUUAUACUCAUUUGUAGUCAAGGAAAAAUUUAUUGUACAAACUGCACCGGGUCACCUCAACACUCGCUGCCUGACUGUGAAGGGGCUGCUGUGAUGAAUCUUGCCUGACUCAACUUAAUCUUACGUAGCUUCAUUUCGCCUAAUCUCACCUUGUCUAACGUAACCUGACAAAAAAAAAGUGAUGCUGCAUUUCUUUAAUAUACCUAACUUAACGUACUAUAAUCCAAUUAAGCUCUAAACAAUCCUAAAAUAGACCAUUUAUUACAUGAAACAACGUAACAUAAGAAAACUUAACCUAAAUUACUUUUUUUUUAACUAUUCCAAGUGAAUUACUCGUAUUACUUAAAAGUUUACAUGAUUCUAGUAAUAUUUUAACUAAGCUACUGCAUUUUUAGUGAGAGAAACACAAAAACAUCGAAGAGAAAUCAACAAAUUAUUUCCGUGGCCUUAGACAAAAUAAACAAGAUAUCAUUUCAAAAUACAAGAUAAGGAAACCACCAGAAAAUGACACAGUUUAGCUCCCCCUUUACGUGUGGGUCAGCGGGUAUUCGAGGCAACCCACAGCACCUCAUCAGCACUUAAUAGAACAACAGUGGUGGCUCAUCACAUCACACACACUCCACUCGUACAGGUUUCUGCAAUCCACACUUUUGGCAGCCACCGGACGAGGCGAGCUGAAAGACUGACACUAACUCGCCCAGGUGAAGAAGUAACGGAGGUUUUUUUUUAUUGUCAUUACGAUCCCACAACCACCUCACCAUAGUCGCUCUGCCUACCUGUACUCCCACCUGUUUGUAUGUAGUAGGGCUCUAGUUAGUCACCUGAGUUUACCUACCUGUCGGGGUCUACUCUGCUAAUUGGAGUUUACCUGUUCCCGCUAGUCCAUUUUACCUGUCCGUAGGGUAACUCUGAUAAGUGAUGGAGUUUACUUACCUGUGUAGUUUACUCUGCUAAUUGGAGUUUACCUGUUCCCGCUAGUCCAUUUUACCUGUUUAGGGUUACUCUAAUAAGUGACGGAGUUUGCCUACCUAUGUAGUUUACUCUGCUAAUUGGAGCGUACCUGUUGUGAAUUUGAUUAGUGCUUGAGUUCACCUGUCGUGGGUUGACUUAGUUUAGGCUUUUCGUCACUUCCUUCUUACCUGUUAUAGACUGACUAGGAAACUUUCACUCAGUCUUAAGAGCAUCAACCCGCCUUGGCUUCGGCUCAUUACAGCUUCAAAUCCGCCAUUAACACCUUAUCUAUCACACCUUUUACCCUCGCUCUAGUUUUUACCAGUAGGGCUUAUUUCACUGUACAUUUAAUAAACCCGGCUAAGAUUUUUGACAUAGAGCUUUGACCCUCUUAUGAUAGCCUUUCUUGAUCUCCAGUUUUUGAAUCCCUCUCACAUGCUUUACUCCCUCUCGUAUUUAUCCGUCGAAGCUUCUUCCCCCCGGAAGGAAGAAAGCGAAAGUGUGGAAAGAAGUCGAGAUUUCAGAGUAGGGUGACCUGGACUGACAACGAGUGCUUUUCUGUAUGGAGUGAAAGAGAGUAUUCUGUUACGUUGUUAAUGAGAAUACAAAAGGUUUAGUUUGAGUCCUUUUAUUCCCGAGACGCCGCGAGAUUGUCAAAGGUAGUGUAUGAGAGAUUACUGAUGUUCUGAGCUACAAAGUAUUUUCAUGUUAUGUUGGGAAUGAGAGUAUAGAAAGCUAGAAAGUUAUUUAUCUUUAUCUCUUUUCCCGAGACACCGCAAGUAUUUCAAGGGUGACAUAGAGAGAUAACUGAUCCUCGUGGUCUGAGGUACAAAAUGAGUCAUACUUUGAAUGUUACGUUGGAAAUGAGUACAGAAAGUUAUAUAUAUAUUUUUUUUUCCAUACACUGCGACUAAUUGCUGAUGUGGUCUGAAUUACAAAGCUAUACUCUCUACAGUUCUAAUAUACGUAUUACCACUAGUCUAAAUGAUCACGGAUGUUGGUGGUCUUUGCUUGAACUAUACUAAAAAAAAUACGAAUCUUAGACCACAAAGUUAUUUUAUUUAUACUGAUUCAUUAAUACGUAAUAGACCAAGAAGUUAUCAGUUAUCUUUUUGUCAUUCAGUACGCUAACUUCUCAUUUCGCUUCGCCGUACAGUCUCCAGUAAGGUGUCUCAACCCUUCCCUUCCCCGAUCUCUUGUUUACGUUACGCAAUUGAAAAAAAAAAUGUUAUUGAAUUAUACGCCAAAUUAUUGUUUCGCUGAUGUACACCUGUUUCUUGGUUGACUGAUGUGUACCUGCCAUGUUUCACCUGCCCUUAAUUGCUUCCAGGUGCGAGGAAGGUUAUUUUUCUUCCAUGUAAGUGACUCCGUUGCCUUUGUACAUCUUUUUAACGGUACCCAGCGAAACCUUUGAGUGACGGCGCUGCAGUGAAGCCUCGAGGCGUCUGAGUGAACCCGUGAACCUGAACCGGCGACUCAGGGGCGCGUCAAAUUAAAGGAAAUUGACGGAAAUCUAAAAUAAAAACACGUGAAUUAUGGAUUUUGGGUAAAAAUUCAUACAAAAAAAAAAAUCUGAAAUCUGUACAGGGAAGCGGGAGAGAUCAAAAUUCAUCUUGGGGUUUUAAUGAGCAGUUCUGAUGACUGUCACUACACUCAACGAGGCUUCACUGUUUCACUGCUUUACUCGAGCCACCGACGCUUGUACCGUUUUCCGCGAGCUUGGAGGCGGUGCGUGCGUGUGUGCGAGCGCUGGCUACCUGUUCGUUACGCCGUGGUCUCCGCCGCCGCCGCCUCCCACUUGUUAUGUUGCUCUUCUUUGCUGUGAGCUUAAGUGACACGUGACUUAUAGGCAGACUAGUUUUUUGCAGGUAUUUCGCGUAAUAAUAAAAAAAGGUUCUAUUUUUGUGACUUUCCAGCUGAUCAUAUAAAGUCUAGUUUGAUGAAAGCCAUCACGGUCUUGUCGCCUUUUGUACCACAUGAUAUUUUGUCAAGAUGCGUUGUUAUUUUGUGAUAUACGUAUGUAAUAUAUGAAGAAGACAACAAAAAAAUAAGAUGUUCAGGAAGAUUUACUGCUAUACCACUCACGUUUAAGCCUCUGUCCAUUGUACGUAUGUAUGUAUGUAUGUAUGUAUGUAUGUAUGUACACUUCUUUUAUAGGUUUUAUUGGUGAAGACUUGUUGUACGCAUACACCACCACACGCACCACCACACUGACGCCACACGCCACACCACACAUCCUCGUGUCAUUCAGGUCAUCGCCAUCCCCAUCCCAACCCCUCCCUCCCGACCUGUCCGAGUAACGUAAGUCAAUUGGAGCCUUACUUCACCCACCCUCGUCCCCCGUGGCCCUCAUGGUGCACGGGGGGCGGCCUCUCACUUCGUCGCCUCAUGUUACUUUUUUACCUGAUUCAUGCGUCACGUCUCAUUCGUUAAGAGUAAAAAGGUGAAAAAAAUAUAUAAAGGAGAGCGAUCUUGUAAUAAUGGUGAGUGCGUCCCUCCCUCCCUCCCUCCCUCCCUCCAUCCAUCCCUCCCUGCUGCUACUUGUGCGUGGCCGUGAGAUGUUACGGUCCCGCCCCGCUCUAGCCCUCCCAUCUUAUGCCCAGCCCAACCCAGCCCCGCCCCGCACUAUCCCUCCCGUCUUACGGCCCGCCCCGCCCCGCCCGCCCCGCUCACCCGCCGCGCAAGGUGUCCCCGUCACGGAGGCCGCACACGUCUCGUACACCCAUCGUGCCUUUUUAGUUCUCUAACAUGACCACAAGACAACGCUGAAUCACAGGGAAGCAACUCGACACGCCGCUGCCGCCGCCGCCGCCGCCGCCGCGCCGCGCCGCGCCACGCGAUUCAAAGCCGUUAUAUUAUUACAGCGCGGGACGGCGGGCGCCUUGACGCGACGCACAGCGCUCCCCCGGCAGGAGUCACGCCCGCAGGUUGCCGCCGCGUCGAGCCGUCAGUCAAGGACAGCCGUGCGGUCUUCGGGAGGCGCAGCGGUGGCGCCGCUGCCGCACCUCAGCACCGCCGCCGCCCACAUCGCGCACCAAAGGUCCACAGAGGCCGGUCAGCGCAGGUCACACCGGGCAGGGAGCGAGCGCUGCCUCGCCGCGCUGGCCGCCCCAGACCUUGGCCGGAUCCCGCUGCACGGGCCGCGUCGCGCCGUGCCGCCGCGCCCUCCCCAGUGCGGGAGGCUUUUCAGUUUGGACUGUUCUAGACAUUGUUUUGUGCCUUGUCCCACUUGUAUCUCAUAAAGCUGCUCGCCACGGAGAAUAAAACUAACAAUAAACACGCCCCGGUGUAUGUUCUUGAUGAGGCUCGCGCAAGAUUGCUUAAAGAAACCCGCGGAGCUUUGGCGGGGGGAAACUUUUAAUACAGCGAGAAAAGUGGGGGAGAUGGAACUAUUUCGUCCUUAAUACUCUUCAUUGCGUCACCGGCUCGCGGGCACACCGACGAGGCCUCUGCUCCCUGACACGCCGCGUCCUGCCCAAUGGCUCCACCACGUGUUAGCUAGACGUCCCCCGCGCCCCGCCCGCCGCCACCUGACGCCGCAUGUGUGCUGUCUUUAUACCACUUGUCUG